CAAAACAGUCGGUGCGCGACCAUCUUGUCAUAACUGGAGCCAGUGACAAUAAAUAAAUAUUAUAAAAUGUGCUACAUCCCUCGUAAUGAAUUAACAUUGACGUGUACCUAAUAAACUCUUGUGCAUAGUACAUUCUCGUGCUCAAUCCGACUGCUUUUCUAUUCAUUUUGCUCCAUUAUUCGGGAUUGUGUUGCGUCAAAUGACGUCAUGUAUGUGAUACACGUAUUGCUGAGGAGUUUGUACUAAAAAUGCAAGAACAAGAAGUGGAGGGGGAGCCAGCGCACCACGCGCGUCGGCCCAUGAACGCUUUUCUCAUCUUCUGCAAGCGGCACCGCGGGGUCGUGCGCGACAAGUAUCCCAACCUUGAGAACAGAUCAAUCACCAAAAUCCUCGGAGAGUGGUGGGCCAACUUAGAAAAAGAGGAGAAAGCCUGCUACACAGGUCUUGCUAAACAGUACAAAGACGCGUUCUUCAGCGCCAAUCCGGACUUCAAAUGGUACAAGUUGCCCGCGCCGCCAUUGCGUAGCCUCUCCUCCAGACCCCGGGACCACGUGGACAAACAUUCAGAGUCCCACAGCGACUUUACCGAUGUUGAAAUGGUAACAACCAAUAAUAACUCGACUAAAGUCGACUUAAAUAAUAGACACGGUUUUGAAAAUCGUCAGUCGAUGUUUACCGUGGGAAAAUUAGCCGAUGAGGCGGAUAUGGGAGGCCUAAGCAGCCUCAUAGAAAAAGAGACAGAGAAUCCCACUAUUAACCCAUACUUUGCACCUUAUUCUUUUAACUCAUACUCAACCGAUAAAAGAUCUCACGAUAACAUGGAGAAGCCAAAAAAACAUGAAGAAGAACUACAAAACGCAUUGAGCGAAACGGCCAAUAUUUUUAUAGAUGAAUCGAAAAAUGAGAAACAGGAAUCUGGGCGAAUUAUUAUAGUAUCCGAUUCGAUAGAAAGUUGUACUACAAUUAAAAGUAGUUCAUCAGAUAACCAUAAUACCAUUAAUACAUUUAAAGCGGCAGAUUUCGAUUUAGAAGCUAAAAUCAAGGCUCUGCCAUCGCUGAGUCUUGAGAAAUUCCAGCAGAGAAAACGCGAUAACAAGCGGAGAAAGAAGACGAUAAAUUUAAGACCUAAAGCGCUUGCGCCAUCUCAAAUAAUUAACUCCGUGCCUCGGCCUAUACCUGUUGAGAGACGAGAACUAGCUGAAAGUUGGCGCGAGCACGCCGUCGGUAGCCAGAAACGCAAGCCUAGGAAGAAAAGUAUAACCCGCCUUGAUAUUAACAGCCUUGCAUCAACCAAUUUCUGUGAAAGUGUCAAGAUAAGUCCUGAGAUAAAAAUUGCGACUGAGGCUCCGUGCACCGUUGUGCAUACCAUGGACAUGUGCAAUCAAACUAUACACGGAAAUGUUGAUCUUUUCGCGCUGGCAACACUUGCCGAAGUCGCUUCAAACACUUCGAAAAUUGAAGAUACCGCGAAAGAAGUCUGCCAAAACAAGCGACCAUAACGCUUCCACGGUAUAAAAUGCCGAACUAGCCUUAAUGAGAUAUUCCAAAUAUUAUUUACUUUUUAAUCAGAUAACAUUAUUUAUAUAUAGAUAUCUAUAUUGUACGCAUAAAGAUUAAUAAUAUUGUAUACUUUUAACUAUAGUUUUUAUAUAAUAGAUAUAUAUAUAAAUAUAUAUAGUUUAUUUAUAUUAAAAUAGAGAUUACUAUGUAAAUUUAGAAAUUAUGUAAAGUAGGAAGGAAAAUCCUGUGUUUUAGGAAUAACAAUAUAAGUGUGAUAUGAUAAUAUAUGAUAUCACGUACAGAAAAAAGGCAUAAUGUAUUUUAAAGUUUGGAAAUGUGAAAAAAUAUGUAGGUAUAUUAAUUAUUAGUUGUAUAUACAAUAUAUAUACAAUAUACAACUAAUAAUUAAUUUAAUGAAUUGUCAAUUAGCGAGUGAUUUGUUUUGGAAUCGCUAAUUGUCACAAAAAAAAUAAAUUGUAAUUUAUUGUAUAGUGUUAUAGCAAUGUCCCAACCUCAGUUCUAUUUAAGUAAAUAAUAUAAUGCAUUACUUUAUUGAUUUAAACUUACAUAGCUAGAAACUUAUGGCUGCUCUCAAUAAUGUCUAUAUUCCUUGUUUUAACUAAGUAGCAUCACAAUACAGACAAUAUUAAUAUAGUAAUAAUAUAAGAAGCCCUACCAUCAACUUUUAAUUAGCGAUUCCAUUCCGAUGCAGUACAGCUUAGGUACCUAAACUGAAUCGCUAAAAUUCGUACCAUGAGGUGUCUACUGAAUGGCAGGAUAGGAGCACAGAGUACAUUUUUUUUUUGAUUCGUUCUUGCGAACAAGCUAUAGCAAGGGGCCUUACUGCAUUGUUUUUAGUAUUUAAAUUUUCGGUAUUUAUUUUCAGUAAUUUGUUUUACAAAAAAUUACAAUAAAGUAUUCUCAUCUCAUCUUUCAUCAAUUCCAUUUUCCUUUUCUGUAUGUUUUAUGUGCUUUCACUAUUUUUUAAAAAUUACUUAC